AUAUUCGCUGCUUCGUUCGGGUUUUCUUCAUUCGUUUGUCACAGUUUGGUAAUUGCUCGUUCAAUUGCCAUCACGUCGUUUUCGCUUAUUCCUGCACAUUUAAAUUAGUUAAAAUAAAAUACAAUAAAAUAAUAGUAUUUUACCUUUAUUGUAUAACAGAAAAUUUAACUAAUGCUUCGAAAAACGUAAAAUAUUUACUUUUUUCGUAACAAUAAGUGAAAUACGCAGUAGACGAACAAAGCAGCAAAGUGAAGGGAAAAAUUAGUGAAAAAUCUGAAUUUUCUUCGGGCUUCUCAAGUAUUCAAAGGAAAAAUAUAACCAUUGACUGCUGUAAGAACCGUAGCGAUAUCCGGCCAGACAAAAAACUAAAGCAGAAUAAUUUUUACAUCCGCUUUAAUUGAUUGCGAAAAAGUUGGAAUAGUUUUAUUACAAUAGAACUGUAAUAAAGAACUUCGCAUCGAAGCGGAAAUUAUAAAUUGAACUAUUUCAGUGAAAUAGUGUUCAACUACAAAGUUAGAAGCAACGUGGAAAAUACGACUUUUAUUCUAGAAUAAUAGAAGUCAAUUAGUUGAAGAAAAAAGGACGUAAAAGAUAAACCCACUUUUCGACGAAACUUUGCCAGAAAAGUAAAUAAAAUGUACGCAGGUGGCUAUGCAGUGAAUGGCGGCAGCCCACAUGCUAACUCAAAUGGUUUUUAUAGUGGUGGUGGGGCAGGGGCUGGCCCACGUCCUGAACGUCCACAUUAUCAGCGAAACACCAUGAAUAAUGGCAGCAAUGCCGGUAUGCCCUAUGGCGGCGGAUCGGGGUUAUAUGGUGGUGCCCAAAGCACCUACCGUGGCGGUAAUAAUUCUAAUUCAAUGAUGACAAGUGGUGGCCCUAGCUUUUACGGGAACGGCGUUAGUAAUCCAGGUGGUUUCCAAGCUCGUGGUAAAAAUCCAAAUUUCGUACCUCGUCAUCAGAAACCCAAUGGUGGUUACCAACCAAACAAUGGCGGAUAUCAUGGCGGUAUUAAUUUGGGAUUAUUGAGCAAAGAAGAGAGAGCUGAAAUACAACGUGAAAAGGCAAAAAAUCCUGGACGUAAUUUACAAAUACCACGCUGGGAGAACCUACAACCUUUCAAAAAAAAUUUCUAUGUACCACAUCAAAACACACUGAACAUGAGUGAACAACAAAUCGUCGAAUUGCGAAAUGAAUUAGAAAUCACUGUAUCCGGUAAUGGUAUUCCACAUCCAGUGUCAACGUUUGAGGAGUGUUCGCUACCAGAGUAUACUAUAGAAGAAAUGAAGCGUCAAGGCUUUACAAAGCCUACUGCUAUUCAAGCACAAGGAUGGCCGAUUGCGCUCAGUGGCCGUGACUUGGUUGGCAUCGCGCAAACGGGCUCUGGUAAAACUUUGGCAUACAUGUUGCCAGCAAUGGUGCAUAUUGCGAAUCAACCACCACUGCAACGUGGAGAAGGACCUAUAGCUCUCGUUUUAGCACCAACACGUGAAUUAGCCCAACAAAUUCAAUCCGUUGUACGUGAUUACGGACACUUGUCUAAGCCAGAGAUCCGCCAUACCUGUAUUUUUGGUGGCUCAUCAAAAGUACCUCAAGCACGUGAUUUAGAAAGAGGCGUGGAAGUCAUUAUUGCAACUCCGGGACGACUGAUAGAUUUCUUGGAAAAUCGUAACACAAAUUUGCAACGUUGCACCUAUUUGGUAUUGGAUGAAGCCGAUCGUAUGCUUGAUAUGGGUUUCGAACCACAAAUCCGUAAAAUAAUAGAACAAAUUCGUCCUGAUCGACAAGUAGUAAUGUGGUCUGCAACUUGGCCCAAAGAAGUACAGGCACUUGCCGGAGAUUUCCUAAAGGAUUACAUUUCCAUCAAUAUUGGUUCAAUGAACCUUUCGGCUAAUCACAAUAUACGUCAAAUGGUUGAAAUAUGUCAAGAAAUGGAGAAACCUCAGCGCAUUGUCAAAUUACUGCAAGAAAUUGCACCGACAACAAACAAUGCUGCAAACAAUAAUAACAAGAUAAUUAUUUUUGUCGAAACUAAAAUCAAGGUCGAAGAAAUCUUGCAAAUUAUCCGCAGCGAAGGUUAUACUGCCACCUCUAUACACGGCGACAAGUCGCAACCUGAACGCGAUUCAGUGCUAAAAGAUUUCCGCAAUGGAAAAUCGAAUAUUUUGAUUGCCACUGAUGUAGCGUCUCGUGGUCUAGAUGUAGAGGAUUUACAGUAUGUUAUCAAUUAUGAUUACCCGAAUUCUUCAGAAAAUUACGUUCAUCGCAUUGGGCGCACUGGUCGUUGUCAGCAAUUGGGAACUGCAUACACAUUCUUUACCCCGGACAAUGGCAAGCAGGCGCGCGAUUUGAUUUCUGUAUUGGAGGAGGCCGGUCAGGUGCCACCUCAAGAAUUGUUGGAUUUGGCACGCUCAUCAGGUGGUAAUGGUAAUGGCCGCGGAAAUAAUAAUCGACGUUGGCAACAACAGCCAACUCAUCAACAACGCAGCAAUCCCUUAAAUUAUCAAGCAGGUAACAACGCUAACGGUGCAUACGCUCCAAAACAGAAUCACUAUCAGCAACAAAACAACAGUAUGUAUCAGCCACAUAACGGUGUUAGCAGUGGUGGCGCUGGUGGCAACUGGAAUAAUCGGUCCGGUGUGGUUAGUGGCGGCGCUGGUGGCCAAUACAACAAUCCCGAUGGCGGUCGCACAUAUCGCCCACGUGCACCAUUUAAUGCAGGCGGUCCACGGCCUAUGAUGAGCUACAUGCCGCCACAUAUGCAACAAAAUAAUGCUUACGUACCGCAACAGCAAUAUCGGCCACGUAGUCAACAAUUCAUUCCACAACAAAAUGGUAAUGUACCACGUUUUCAGCAAUAUCAAAAACGCGAAUAUAAUCAACAACAACAACACUACGAUAAACAGCAGAAUGUAGCUGCUAAUGGCAGCGCUGGUGGUGGUGGUGGUGUGGAGCAUCAACCGCAUAACGGUGUUAUCAAUGGUGCUACAAUACAACAACAGCAACAGCAGCAACACCAACAGCAAGUAAAUGUUGCUGCAAAUAUUGCAGCUGCAGUGGCUGCUGCCGGUGGUCAAUUGGGCGGUGAGUAUCCCAGCAAUGUGUCGACACCACCGGCUGCAGCUUUGUAUGCUGCACCAGCACAAUCGCCUCCUACUGCAGCUGCCAAUACUGCGGCUGCUUAUAUGUAUGAUGCUAGUGGUGUUUUGGCUGCUGCUGCUGCCGCCGCCGCUGCCAAUCCUUAUGGCGGUUUGCCACAAUAUUUCGCACACCCGCAUCAGUUUGCCGCCGGUGUGGCACCAGCCACCACUGCUGACGUAUUGCAACAACAACAACAGCAGCAGCAGCAACAACAACAGCAACAGCAACAAAGAGCGUAAGUGCAUCAGACGUAUGAAUUAUAGCAGUGCACUUAGCAAGCAUAUAACAUAUACAUACAUUUCUUCAAUUUUAUCGACUUACUUACAAAUAUUUACUUAUUGAUACUACAUAAAAAAAAAAACAUUCAUAAAUAAUAAUAAUCGAUAAACGGUAACUGUUCAAGGUAUACAUUAAAUAUAUAAAGCCGGUAUGAGCCAAAGGGCACUUAAACGAGAGUUGAAAACAAAAACAAAAAAAGAAACACAUUGUAAAGAACGAAACAAUUGAAAAUGGUAACGAAUGUGUAGCGAAAUAAUACAUAUGACAUUGUAUGUAUGUACGUCCCUACAUGCAUAUAGACGUGUAUUUGUAAACAAAAACUAACGGAAGUAUUCCCGGUGAAACAUACUUUUAUUUUUCAAAAUAAUCUUAAAACGGCUUUAAGAAACAUUACAUUAACAUUAUUCUAUUGUAAGGAAUUAUUAUUGGAGUAGCCGGUGUAAACGGCUACGCCACAAAAUUGGCUAAUCUUGAAUAAUUACAUAUGACUUAUAAGCAGUGAAUAAUUAUCAUCUUACAUAGAAACCGUAAAAUUUAAUUUCACAUAAAUUUUAAAAUAUGAAUUAUUUUAAUGCAUAUGAAUUUUUUUUGUUUUGGUAUAAGAAUGUUAGAGAAUUCUUAGUUAUCAACAUAUGGAAAAAAAAUGAAUUGGCUUUUAUACACCGCACUGUGGUGUAGCGGUAAUAAAUAUUAUUUUAAGCAUUUGAAAAUGUAGCUAAUACUGCAAAGUGCAUUUUUUGAAUUCUCUGUAUUAUUUUGUAACUACAAAAUUCCUAGUUCCGGUUUCUAAAAGAAAGAACAUUACAAAAAAAAAAAAAAAUAGCGAGCAACUAAAAGAAAUUAGUCA